AGUGUGUAAUAUUUCUAGACAAAUUGUUAUUUUUAUAAAAAGUACAGACAAUUGUGAAGUGACAACUUUUUUGCGGUGCGCGCGAACACUCUCAGCGCAUAUUUGAAUGAAUCUUGUUCAAUAACGUGGACUAACAAUCAUACAGUGAAAGUUUGUUAUAAUUUGCUCUGAGAAGACAAAAGAAUUGUAACAAUGGAACACCUGUUCCGGCAACGGAGGCUUAGUGUGCCUAAAAGAACGAGCGAACUCAUCGCACUCGUAGCAGUAUCGUGUACGCUCUUCUUAUUCCUGCACACCAGGGACUUGAACACCAAGCUGCAGCGUAUUCAAGGAAAGCUGAAUGAUGACGUCACCGCCUUCAACCAUCUCACAGAUCGAAUUCAGACAGAUCGCACAGAACAUGCGUACGCGUCGGCUCAGGAAUACAAAGAGGCGCUCGAGGCUCUGCGAAGGAACACCGGCGUUGAACGGAGUAAACCACAAAGAACUCUGGAAUCAGAAAUUGUGAGAUCGGAUGAAGCAUUGCAGGAAAUAACGGAAGAAAUCCUUCCUGAUCCAUGGGACUUGAACAAUACGGCCCGGGCUGAUGUCGAGGUGCUAUUCUUCAAUAGGGUACCUAAAGUAGGCAGUCAAACCUUCAUGGAGCUCCUGAGACGACUCGCUAUACGGAAUCAGUUUGGCUUCCAUCGAGACACAGUUCAACGUGUAGAGACUAUCCGACUCGCUCCAGCAGACCAGCAAGUCCUCGCCAGCUUGGUCUCCGCCUACAGUCCACCAGCAUCUUACGCCAAACACGUCUGCUAUACGAACUUCACCCGGUUUGGGCUGCCAUCGCCAAUUUAUAUAAACAUAGUCCGUGACCCGGUAGAACGUGUCAUCUCGUGGUACUAUUACGUGAGGGCUCCCUGGUACUAUGUGGAAAGAAAAAGGGUGUUUCCAGACCUACCUUUGCCAGACCCUGCAUGGCUUAGAAAGGACUUCGAAACGUGUGUGCUGAGCGGUGACCGUGAAUGUCGCUACAUAGAAGGUGAAAGCCACGAGGGUAUCGGGGACCAUCGACGACAGACCCUGUUCUUCUGCGGACAUGAUCCACAAUGCACACCAUUCAAUACAAUAGAGGCGCUGCAAAGGGCGAAGCGCGUGGUGGAGCAGCAGUACGCCGUGGUGGGUGUGCUCGAAGACAUGAACUCGACGCUGCUAGCCUUCGAGCGAUACGUGCCGAAAUUCUUUAGAGGGGCAUUGCGGAUGUAUUGGGAGGAACUGAAUACGUUCAAUCAAAUAAACCGUAACGCGUUUAAGCCACCAGUCUCCGAGGAAGUGAAAAAUAUCGUUCGAGCUAAUUUCACGCGAGAGAUUGAAUUUUACGAAUUCUGCAAACAAAGGCUUCACAUGCAACUCAAAGCUCUAAGAGAUCCCACCAUUUCCCUACCUUCGGCUCCUACGUCUAGUUUCGGAAGAAGACACAUUUACGACAGAUUAUAAAUAUAUUGUUAUAUCUGUGCUCUACUUACUUACCCAGUCACGAAUUUGUUUAGAUUUUAUUAGAUACAGCAUUAGGUAUGUAUAUCCAUUAUCCAGGUUUCAUUAUAAUUUUUAAUAUAAUUUAAAGUUCAAAAAUAUACAAUUUUGCAUGAGUAAGUUUAAAAUUGUUGAAUUAUUGACUUUUUCAACACCUAUUACCUUCUUAUUGGUAUGAUUUUGCACCUUUAUUUAAAUUUGAAAAUCGAAUUUUGAAUUUCAAUUAAAGACUUAAUAAUGUUAUGUGCCUUUUCCAGACAGUUACGUAUUUUUUUUUAAUAUUAAAUGGCAAUUUUGAUUCCCGAAAAUGGUUAAUAUAAAUAUAAGCCAAAUGCCAAAUUCCCAUCGUCUAAAUCUGUGUAGAAAUUUGUGUUUUAAUUAUGCAUCCAUGUUUUGUUAAAUAUUCAAGAGUUAAUUAGUAUUCUGUUGGUAUAAAUUUAAUAAAAAAAAAGCGUAACGGUACUACGACUUCUAACAUUGUAACUCUUUUUUGUUUUGUAAUAUGUUUUCUGUCCUCUGUAACAUCAGUGUUGUAAAAUACUAUACAGUAUUCAUAUCGAGAGAAUAAUUAUGCUUUUAUAAAGCUAUGUUUGGCACUUCGCAAUGUAAUUUUAGUAAAACGUGGUUAAGAGAAUCUAAAUUAUGAUUAAAAAUGAUUGUAAAUAUUAAUUAUAAGUUGUGAUAUUUAAUAAUGUGUUGUCAUCAUCUAAUCGAAAAACUUGAUAGUUUAAUUAAAAAACACUAAACAUAAAUAACUUUUGCUAAAGACGAUUAUUUUAAAAUUAACGUAAUUAUUUAAUUAUUUGAAAUUAACAUAUUGACUGAGUUCUUGAAAUCAAAAAUUUCUUUUCUGUCACUGUCCAAUAUUUAUCGUCCAAUAAUUGUGAUAUGUUUAGUCUGUUAAAUUGUAAAAUAAGCUUUACGUAAAUAAUAAAGGAUUUACAAGUAA